AUGCAAAAUGAGACUGAAGGACAACGAACAAACAGGGUACAAAAGAGAAAACAAGACCGAGCAACCGAAACAGUUGAUGAGCGAGCAAGAAUACUUGAAAUACUACGAGCAGUUUUUCACAAAGCAAGUUCAAAUGAAAAUGACCAAAAAUCAGAUGAGCAGUUGAGUAUGUCUGUUGAUCUGGCAACUGUAGAUAUAUCCUCUGUUCUUGAAGCAGACAAGGAUAAUGAGUCUGUACAUGAAGCAGAGGGGCCAGGGGUGAGUAGAAAUGAAUAUUUACAUGAGGGUGGUUGGCAAAAUGUUGACAACCCUCUGCAUGAGCUAGAGUUUGUACAAAAUGAAAUGCACAGUUUUCAUUUAGAUCAAGAACAUUUAGAGCAUUGA